AUGAUUAAAGAGGAGUGUUUGAAGUACAGUGAAGUCGAGCGGCUCCUUAUCUCCUCGCUGCUCCUCCUCUGCAGGGCGACGUCGGCCUCCCUGGUGAAGCUGGAGGGCGAGGUGGGGCCUCUGGGUUUGUCUGGUCGGGAGGGCCCCUGGGGAACCCUGGGGGACAACGGAGAGAGGGGCCCGAAGGGAGAGAAGGGCCACAUCGGACUGAUGGGUGAGCCGGGGCUUUCGGGGAAAGUGGGACCCACAGGUCUGGCUGGUUUACGGGGAGGCAUUGGCCCUCGUGGACCUACGGGACCAGAUGGAGCUCAGGGGCAGAAGGGGGAGUCUGGGCUCUUAGGAAUUCCUGGAGCUCCUGGGUCGGGAGGCCCUCAGGGAGUGAGAGGAGCUCGUGGUGAACGAGGAGACGCAGGGAGGCUGGGACCUUCUGGUCCGGGGGGACAACUCGGUCCUCAGGGAGACCAGGGAGGGAAAGGAGAGCCAGGACCACAGGGAGAGAAGGGAGAUCCAGGAGCUCCAGGUCCAACCGGAGAACAGGGUGAAGAGGGUCUGCCUGGAAUCCAAGGUCCUCCUGCUCUCCCGGGGUUGGAGGGGCCUCCUGGAGAGAUGGGGCCUCAGGGUCCCCCAGGUCCCACAGGGGCUCCUGGAGGGACAGGAAGACCAGGACCCGAGGGGACCCGAGGCUUGGAUGGGGAGAAGGGAGACGACGGCCGGAGUGGAUCAGCAGGGAGGACGGGUCAUGUUGGCAGGAGGGGGAGACGGGGGAAGGCUGGAGCCAGGGGGACCCGCGGAGACCGAGGACCAAAGGGCGGAAAGGGAGAUCGAGGACCGGCAGGGACCCCCGGGUGGCCGGGGCUCAUAGGAAUCCCUGGGUUACGAGGAGAGCUGGGGGUUCACGGUGAAAAGGGACGAGAGGGUGAGAAGGGAGACAUGGGAGAGCCGGGACCAGCUGGAGGUGACGGCACCAAGGGAAUUCGUGGUGCUGUCGGGAUGCCAGGUCCUGGAGGCCUUAAGGGAGAGCAGGGGAGUAUCGGUCGUUCAGGGCUGAGGGGGAGGCCAGGGAUGCCAGGGCUGCCUGGUCUGUUUGGAUUAAAGGGUUUGAAAGGAUACCAGGGUCCGACUGGUCAGGGCGGCAGGAAGGGCCUCCCGGGUCCACCCGGUGUUCCUGGUCCUCCGGGUCAGUCUCUGAACUUGACUUUGACUCAACUCCAGGACCUGAUGUACGUGUCCGAUAAGCCGAACCUUCCCCUGAUCCAGACUCUGCUGGACUCCCUGCAGCAGGACCUGCGGCUGCUGGUGGAUCCUCCCGACGGCAGCAAAGAGCAUCCUGCCACCACGUGUCUGGAGCUGUGGCUCUGUCACCCCGAGCUCAGCAGCGGAAUGUAUUACAUCGACCCGAACCAGGGCAGCCCGGCCGAUGCUCUGCUGGCUCACUGCAGCUUCUCCUCCCCAGUUAAACAGACCUGCCUCCAUCCCAGAGACUCUCAGCUUCCUGUGAGAGCCUGGAUGGAGGAGUUUUCUGACGAGGGCUCUUUUGAGUGGCUCAGCCGGCUGGAGCAGGGUUUUCAGUUCUACUACCCCGGUGCCAACGUGGUCCAGCUGCGCUUUCUGAGGCUACACAGCAGCACGGCCGUCCAGAAGCUCACCUACUCCUGUCAUCCAGGACAUAGACUGGGCCAGACGGACAGAGACAUCAAGUUCCUCACGGACACCAGGAGGCAGAGUUACCUCGGAGAACUUAAAGACUGUGUGCCGGGAGAGGAGACAGUUUCCGGCCCUCGUGAGUCUGUGUUCGAGUUCGAGGACCUCCAGCUGCUUCCUCUCAGAGACUUGGCCCUAAUGGCGGGAGGAAACCUCACGUCCCCGUUCGGCUUCACGGUCGGACCCGUGUGCUUCAGCUAG